AUGGGGUCGAAUUCCUCUCGCGGGGCGCUCUCCGCCCCCUCCGUGGGCGCGGCAGGGGCUGCCCCCGAGAUGCCUGGGACCAGAGGUCCCGGCCCUACAGGCUCCCAGGGCACACCUGUGGGGUUUGGGGUGCAGAGUUUGGGAGUCCGCCUGAGCCUGCGCUGCUCCCAGCCCGGUGCGACUGCCUGCCAGAACGGCGGGAGGUGUGAAGUGCGCAACGACACAGAGGCCUGCGUCUGCAGCGGGCCCUACGUGGGCCAGCUAUGCCAGGACCGCAACCCCUGCCUCAGCAACCCCUGCAAGAACGCCGGGACCUGCCACGUGGUGGACCGGGGCAGCACCGUGGACUACACCUGCAGCUGCUCCCUGGGCUUCUCCGGGCCCCUCUGUCUGACACCCUUGGACAACGCCUGCCUCUCUGGGCCCUGCCGCAACGGGGGCACCUGUGACCUGCUCACGCUCACAGAGUACAAAUGCCGCUGUCCCCCAGGCUGGUCAGGGAAAUCAUGCCAGCAGGCUGACCCGUGUGCCUCCAACCCUUGUGCCAAUGGUGGCCACUGCUUGCCCUUCGAGGCCUCCUACAUCUGUGGCUGCCGGCCUGGAUUCCAUGGCCCCACCUGCCGGCAGGAUGUGAACGAGUGCAGCCAGACCCCGGGGCUGUGCCGCCAUGGGGGCACCUGCCACAACGAAGUGGGCUCCUUCCGCUGCGCCUGCCGCCCCACGCACACCGGCACCCACUGCGAGCUGCCUUACAUUCCCUGCAGCCCCUCGCCCUGCCAGAAUGGGGGGACUUGCCGCCCCACAGGGGAGACCACCCAUGAGUGUGCGUGCCUGCCAGGCUUCACCGGCCAGAACUGUGAGGAGAAUGUGGAUGACUGCCCAGGAAACAGCUGCAGGAAUGGGGGUGCCUGUGUGGAUGGUGUGAACACCUACAACUGCCGCUGCCCACCGGAGUGGACAGGUCAGUACUGCACGGAGGAUGUGGACGAGUGCCAGCUCAUGCCCAACGCCUGCCAGAACGGUGGCACCUGCCACAACACCCACGGUGGCUACAACUGUGUGUGUGUGAACGGCUGGACGGGCGAGGACUGCAGCGAGAACAUCGACGACUGCGCGAGUGCUGCCUGCUUUAAUGGGGCCACCUGUCACGACCGCGUGGCUUCCUUCUACUGCGAGUGUCCCCACGGCCGCACAGGCCUGCUGUGUCACUUGAAUGAUGCCUGCAUCAGCAACCCCUGCAACGAGGGCUCCAACUGUGACACCAACCCUGUCAACGGCAAGGCCAUCUGCACCUGCCCCUCAGGGUACACGGGCCCGGCCUGCAGCCAGGAUGUGGAUGAAUGUGCGCUGGGUGCCAACCCCUGUGAGCAUGCGGGCAAGUGCAUCAACACCCUGGGCUCCUUCGAGUGCCAGUGUCUGCAGGGCUACACCGGCCCCCGCUGUGAGAUCGACGUCAAUGAGUGCAUCUCCAACCCUUGUCAGAACGACGCCACCUGCCUUGACCAGAUCGGGGAGUUCCAGUGCAUCUGCAUGCCGGGCUACGAGGGGGUGUACUGCGAGGUCAACACAGAUGAGUGCGCCAGCAGCCCCUGCUUGCACAAUGGACGCUGUCUGGACAGGGUCAGCGAGUUCCUGUGCGAGUGUCCAACCGGCUUCAGCGGGCACUUGUGUCAGUACGACGUGGAUGAGUGCGCCAGCACGCCCUGCAGGAAUGGCGCCAAGUGCCUGGAUGGGCCCAACACCUACACCUGUGUGUGCACAGAAGGGUACACAGGGACGCACUGUGAGGUGGACAUCAACGAGUGUGACCCUGAUCCCUGCCACUACGGCUCCUGCAAGGACGGCAUCGCUGCCUUCACCUGCCUGUGCCAGCCAGGCUACACUGGCCACCACUGUGAGACCAACAUUAAUGAGUGCUCUAGCCAGCCCUGCCGCCACGGGGGCACCUGCCAGGACCGCGACAAUGCCUACCUCUGCCUCUGCCUCAAGGGGACCACAGGACCCAACUGUGAGAUCAACCUGGACGACUGCGCCAGCAACCCCUGCGAUGCUGGCACCUGCCUGGACAAGAUCGAUGGCUACGAGUGUGCCUGCGAGCCGGGCUACACGGGGAGCAUGUGCAACAUCGAUGUGGAUGAGUGUGCGGGCAGCCCCUGCCACAAUGGGGGCACCUGCGAGGACGGCAUCAACGGCUUCACCUGCCGCUGCCCCGAGGGCUACCACGACCCCACGUGCCUGUCCGAGGUCAACGAGUGCAGCAGCAACCCUUGCAUACAUGGGACCUGCCUGGACAGCCUCAAUGGGUACCGAUGUGACUGUGACCCUGGGUGGAGUGGGACGAACUGUGACGUCAACAACGACGAGUGCGAGUCUAACCCCUGCGUGAAUGGCGGCACCUGCCGGGACAUGACCAGCGGCUACGUGUGCACCUGCCGCGAGGGCUUCAGCGGCCCCAACUGCCAGACCAACAUCAACGAGUGCGCGUCCAACCCGUGUCUGAACCAGGGCGCGUGCAUCGACGACGUGGCUGGGUACAAGUGCAACUGCCCACUGCCCUACACAGGAACCACGUGUGAGGUGGUGCUGGCCCCGUGUGUCCCCAGCCCCUGCAAGAACAGCGGAGUGUGUAAGGAGUCCGAGGACUAUGAAAGCUUUUCCUGUGUCUGCCCCAGUGGCUGGCAGGGGCAGACCUGUGAGGUUGACAUCAACGAGUGUGUGAAGAGCCCGUGCCGCAAUGGUGCGUCCUGUCACAACACUGACGGGGGCUACCGGUGCCGCUGCCAGGCCGGCUACGCCGGACGCGACUGUGAGACUGAUGUGGACGACUGCCGGCCCAACCCCUGUCACAAUGGGGGCUCCUGCACUGAUGGCGUCGACGCAGCCUUCUGCGACUGCCUGCCUGGCUUCCGGGGCACCUUCUGCGAGGAGGACACCAACGAGUGUGCCAGCAGCCCUUGCCGCAAUGGCGCCAACUGCACUGACUGCGUGGACAGCUACACGUGCACCUGCCCCGCGGGCUUCAACGGCAUCCACUGUGAGAACAACACGCCUGACUGCACGGAGAGCUCCUGCUUCAAUGGUGGCACCUGCGUGGACGGCAUCAAUUCCUUUACCUGCCUGUGUCCGCCCGGCUUCACGGGCAGCUACUGCCAGCACGACAUCAACGAGUGCGACUCGAGGCCCUGCCUGCACGGUGGCACCUGCCAGGACAGCUACGGCACCUACAAGUGCACCUGCCCACAGGGCUACACCGGCCUCAACUGCCAGAACCUCGUGCGCUGGUGUGAUUCCUCCCCCUGCAAAAACGGGGGCCAGUGCUGGCAGACCAGCACCCUGUACCGCUGCGAGUGCCACAGCGGCUGGACCGGCCUCUACUGUGAUGUGCCCAGCGUCUCUUGCGAGGUAGCGGCGAAGCAGCAAGGAAUCGAUGUCACCCACCUGUGCCAGCAUGGAGGACUCUGCGUGGAUGCGGGCAACACCCACCACUGCCGCUGCCAGGCUGGCUACACGGGCAGCUACUGCGAGGGGGAGGUGGACGAGUGCUCACCUAGCCCCUGCCAGAAUGGGGCCACCUGCACCGACUACCUGGGCGGCUACUCCUGCAAGUGCGUGGCUGGCUACCAUGGGGCCAACUGCUCGGAGGAGAUCAACGAGUGCCUGUCCCAGCCAUGCCAGAAUGGGGGCACCUGCAUUGACCUCACCAACACCUACAAGUGCUCCUGCCCACGGGGCACGCAGGGUGUGCACUGCGAGAUCAACAUGGAUGACUGCAGCCCGCUCCUCAAUCCCGCUUCCCGCAGCCCCAAGUGCUUCAACAACGGCACCUGCGUGGACCAGGUGGGUGGCUACACCUGCACCUGCCCGCCGGGCUUCGUGGGCGAGCGGUGUGAGGGCGACGUCAACGAGUGCCUGUCCAACCCGUGUGACGCUCGCGGCACCCAGAACUGCGUGCAGCGUGUCAACGACUUCCACUGCGAGUGCCGCGCCGGCCACACCGGGCGCCGCUGCGAGUCGGUCAUCGACGGCUGCAAGGGCAAGCCCUGCAAGAACGGGGGCGCCUGCGCUGUGGCCGCCAACACCGCCCGUGGCUUCAUCUGCAGGUGCCCUGCGGGCUUCGAGGGCGCCACCUGCGAGAACGACGGGCGUACAUGCGGCACUCUGCGCUGCCUCCAUGGUGGCACGUGCAUUUCGGGCCCGCGAAGCCCCACCUGCCUGUGCCUGGGCGCCUUCACGGGCCCCGAGUGCCAGUUCCCAGCCAGCAGCCCCUGCGUAGGCAGCAACCCCUGCUACAACCAGGGCACCUGUGAGCCCAUGGCCGAGAGCCCCUUCUACCGCUGCCUGUGCCCCGCCAAGUUCAACGGGCUCCUGUGCCACAUCCUGGACUACAGCUUCGCGGGAGGCGCUGGGCGUGACAUCCCCCCGCCGCAGGUUGAAGAGGCCUGUGAGCUGCCCGAGUGUCAGGAGGACGCGGGCAACAAGGUCUGCAGCCUACAGUGCAACAACCACGCCUGUGGCUGGGACGGCGGCGACUGCUCCCUUAACUUCAAUGACCCGUGGAAGAACUGCUCACAGUCCCUGCAGUGCUGGAAGUACUUCAGCGACGGCCGCUGUGACAGCCAGUGCAACUCGGCGGGCUGCCUGUUCGAUGGCUUUGACUCGCUGCUCCCCAGCGGGGGCCGCGGGCGCCGGCGCAGAGAGCUGGACCCCAUGGACAUCCGUGGAUCCAUCGUCUACCUGGAGAUAGACAACCGGCAGUGUGUGCAGCUGUCCUCCCAGUGCUUCCAGAGUGCCACCGACGUGGCUGCCUUCCUGGGGGCGCUGGCCUCGCUGGGCAGCCUCAACAUCCCCUACAAGAUUGAGGCUGUGCAGAGUGAGACAGUGGAGCCGCCGCCGCCCUCCCAGCUGCACCUCAUGUACCUGAUCGGGGCCGCCUUUGUGCUCCUCUUCUUCGUGGGCUGCGGGGUGCUGCUGUCCCGCAAGCGCCGGCGCCAGCAUGGCCAGCUCUGGUUCCCCGAGGGCUUCAAGGUGUCGGAGGCCAGCAAGAAGAAGCGACGAGAACCCCUGGGUGAGGACUCCGUGGGCCUCAAGCCCCUGAAGAACGCGUCGGACGGCGCCCUCAUGGAUGACAACCAGAAUGAGUGGGGCGACGAGGACCUGGAAGCCAAGAAGUUCCGGUUUGAGGAACCGGUAGUUCUCCCCGACCUGGACAACCAGACGGACCACCGGCAGUGGACCCAGCAACACCUGGACGCCGCCGACCUGCGGGUGUCCGCCAUGGCACCCACACCGCCGCAGGGCGAGGUUGACGCUGACUGCAUGGACGUCAACGUGCGCGGUCCUGAUGGCUUCACCCCGCUCAUGAUCGCCUCAUGCAGCGGAGGGGGCCUGGAGACGGGCAACAGUGAGGAGGAGGAGGACGCACCGGCUGUCAUCUCAGACUUCAUCUACCAGGGCGCAAGCCUGCACAACCAGACGGACCGCACCGGCGAGACUGCCUUGCACCUGGCUGCGCGCUACUCGCGCUCUGAUGCCGCCAAGCGCCUGCUAGAGGCCAGUGCAGACGCCAACAUCCAGGACAACAUGGGCCGCACCCCGCUGCAUGCGGCCGUGUCUGCCGAUGCACAGGGUGUCUUCCAGAUCCUAAUCCGGAACCGAGCCACAGACCUAGAUGCCCGCAUGCAUGACGGCACAACGCCACUGAUCCUGGCAGCCCGCCUGGCAGUGGAAGGCAUGCUGGAGGACCUCAUCAACUCGCACGCGGAUGUCAACGCCGUGGACGACCUGGGUAAGUCAGCUCUGCACUGGGCUGCCGCCGUGAACAACGUGGAUGCUGCGCUGGUGCUACUGAAGAAUGGAGCCAACAAGGACAUGCAGAACAACAAGGAGGAGACACCUCUGUUCCUAGCCGCCCGGGAGGGCAGCUAUGAGACCGCCAAGGUGCUGCUGGACCACUUUGCCAACCGGGACAUCACCGACCACAUGGACCGCCUGCCACGGGAUAUUGCCCAGGAGCGUAUGCACCACGACAUCGUGCGGCUGCUGGAUGAGUACAACCUGGUGCACAGCCCGCAGCUGCAUGGCGCCGCCCUGAGUGGCACGCCCACCCUGUCACCCACCCUCUGCUCGCCCAACGGCUACCUGGGCAGCCUAAAGCCCGCCGUGCAGGGAAAGAAGGCCCGCAAGCCCAGCACCAAGGGCCUGGCAUGCAGCACCAAGGAGGCCAAAGACCUCAAGGCACGGAGGAAGAAGUCUCAGGAUGGCAAGGGCUGCCUGCUGGACAGCUCAAGCCUGCUGUCGCCCGUGGACUCGCUGGAGUCGCCCCACGGCUACUUGUCGGAUGUGGCUUCGCCGCCCCUCCUGCCCUCUCCGUUCCAGCAGUCUCCGUCUUUGCCUCUCGGCCACUUGCCUGGCAUGCCCGACACCCACCUGGGCGUCAGCCAUCUGAAUGUGGCAGCCAAGCCCGAGAUGACUGCGCUGGGUGGGGGUGGCCGGCUGGCCUUCGAGCCCGGGCCCCCACGCCUCUCCCACCUGCCGGUGGCCUCCAGCACCAGCACAGUCCUGGGCGCCAGCGGCACUGCGGCUGUGAAUUUCCCCAUGGGCACAGCUGCUGGCCUGAAUGGCCAGUGCGAGUGGCUGUCCCGGCUGCAGAACGGCAUGGUCUCUGGCCAGUACAACCCACUGCGGGGCGCUGUCGCCCCGGGCACUCCAAGCGCGCAGGCCGCUGCCAUGCAGCAUGGCAUGAUGGGCCCACUGCACAGCGGCCUCUCCGCCAGCGCCCUGUCCCAGAUGAUGAGCUACCAGGGCCUGCCUUCCACGCGGCUGGCCGCCCAGCCCCACCUGGUGCAGGCCCAGCCGGUACCUCAGGUGCAGCAGCAAAACUUACAGGUGCAGCCACCACCAAAUAUCCAGCAGCCGCAGAGUCUGCAGCCCCCGCCGCCGUCGCAGCCGCACCUCGGUGUGGGCUCGGCCAGUGGGCACCUGGGCCGCAGCUUCCUGGGCGGGGAGCCAAGCCAGGCAGAUGUGCAGCCGCUGGGUCCCAGCAGCCUGACCGUGCACACCGUCCUGCCCCAGGAGGCCCAGAACCUCAGCACAGCGCUGCCGUCCUCCCUGGUGCCGCCCAUGACCACAGCCCAGUUCCUGACCCCGCCCUCCCAGCACAGCUACUCCUCCUCACCCGCGGACAACACCCCCAGCCACCAGCUGCAGGUGCCGGAGCACCCCUUCCUCACCCCCUCCCCCGAGUCCCCAGACCAGUGGUCCAGCUCAUCGCCGCACUCCAAUGUCUCCGACUGGUCCGAGGGCGUCUCCAGCCCACCCACCAGCGUGCAGUCCCAGGUCGCCCACAUUCCAGAGGCCUUCAAGUGAGUAGCGGCCCGGGACCUAGCUUUGUUUCCCAAGCCCUGCCGGGCAUUGUCAGUGCUCCAGGAUGCUGGGCCCAACCAAAGGAGCCUUUAAAAAAAGUUUUUAUGCAAAAAGUAAAGAGGACAAGAAUUUCGAUUUUUUUAGUAUUUAUUUAUGUACUUUUGUUUUACACAGAAACACUGCCUUUUUAUUUAUAUGUACUGUUUUCUAUGGCCCCAGGUGAAAACUUAUCUGUUCCAAGAAAAUAAACUAGUUCUCAAAGUCAUGAUCUCCCUGCUUGGGGUGAAAAUGAUUACGCGUUUGUAUAAACAAAGAUUCAUGAUUUAUAAAUGCCAUUAUUUAUUGAUUUCACAAUCCAAAACAAAGCGAUGCUGGAGGUGGGAGGGCUGAACUGCCCUGUCUGGAACGCUCCCGGGUGUGCGCCCCAUGCCCGGCGCCUCCUGUGUCUUGUGAGAAGACGUGGAGAGAGGCACCUUCCCGUCUGUGGUGUGUGGAUUCGUUUGCUUCAAGAACUGGAGACUUGGGAAGUGUGGUGGGCUGCAUUUCGGCACCCGGUGUUUCCAGAAGGCGCUUUCGCAGCUGUGCUCCAGGUGGAAGAGAACCUGUCGGCCCCAUGGUCCAGUCGUGAGUCUUGGUCGCAGGCCCCAUGUCGUUAGUGUUCCUUAGCCUCUGAAGUGCUCGUCCCCACCUCACCCACCGCCCCGGCCUGACAGCGUGUCCUGGAGCCGGUUGUCAGGUGUGUGCAGGUGCAGGACCACAGAGGAUUGAAUCCUGCUCUCUGGGUAAGGACGCUGCCCCUGUCCCCACUGGGCCCCGGCUCCCACCGCAGGCCCAGGUUCAGACGGUGGACUGCUAAGGCCCUGACCAGGCUGCUGGGGCACCCCCUUGGGGGCCCUGAGCACAGCCUGCAUGCAGGCUCAGAGAAACCUGUGUCCCCAGGAGCCCCGGGUGCCGUGGGGAUGCCCGUGUCGGGCCUCAGGGUGCCAAAGGAUGGCCUGGCUCCUGCUCUCGGCAGCCCCUCUAUGUUGAGGGGCACUCGCCUAGGAGAGCAGGUGAUUCUUGGAUCAAGUAUACUCCUGUGGCAGAGUAAAUAUCUGUAAAUACAUCUUAAAUGUGGAUUUUGUUUAAAAAAUCUGAACAAGUCUGUCCUGUGUCGAGCUGGUGGGGUGUCGGAACACGGCGACCUAGGCCACGUGACCUGCAGGUGCCAGAAAUGUAGCUCCUCAGAGCACAACCCGGGGACGGCCUGCCGCCUGCCAGCCUUCCCUGUGCAUGGGGCGCCCAGGCUGCCCGCUGUCCUGGCCAGUGCUGCACCAUCCCCGGUGGGCCUGCACGGACCCGUCCUAAGAUGUUGCUUCUUACCGUGUUUUGUAAAAUAGAAUGUAGUUUACAGAGAAAGAAAAGUUUUUUUUUUUAAUUGUCUACAUGCAAAACUGUAGAUGAUGAAAAUGAUGUAUUUUUUUCAUCCUUUUUUGUUAACUGAUUUGCAAUAAAACGAUGCUGAUGUUGU